CACGUGAUGAGUCAGCUGACUUUCUGUGCUUUUCAAGACCGAGCGGUGAAACUAGCAUCAACCAGCAGUGAGCUGCUCGCCGACGAGUACACAGGAGUCGUCCACCUUGUUUCAGUACGCUUGUUUUGGAGGUGAAAGCGGGGACGGUGUUGAAUCUCCUCUGCUCACGACACCCGGGGAAGACGACGACGUUUUCGAGACAGUCCUCGGAGAGCACCUACUGCCAAGACAAUGAGGCUCCCUACCUUGGUGCCCUCCCUUGGGCUCAUAACCUGCGCGCUGGCUUUAAUGUCACCGCUGUUUGGGUCCUGUCAUCCAGCACCGACCUCAGAGCAGUCCAAGCUGGUGUUCAUGGAGCAGUUAAGCCGCCCAGGGUUCCGAUUCAGCUGGAGAAACGUCACCUGCCCCUUGUGCAAGGCUCUCUUCUCCAUCCUUGAUAUCGCCCUUCUGAGUGAUGCAAAUGAAGAGCGAGUGGCACAUGCGGUUGGCGAGGCAUGUAUCCGUCUUCAUCUGGCUGAUGAGCAAGUGUGUCGCGAAAUAACAGAGCUGUUUAGGGACGACUUCAUCCGGGCUCUGCAAGAGUCCUUGCUUUGGCCGACUGAAGCGUGCGCCCUGCUGGUGGGCCCUACCUGUGGCAAAUUUGACAUCUAUGCUCCCUGGAACAUCACCUUGCCAAAUAUCCCGAAGCCCCCUGUUACACCACCCUCUCCUCCCAAACCCGGUUCUCCACAAAGCAGGGUCCUGUUUCUAACCGACAUCCACUGGGACAAGGAGUAUCAAGCCGGCAGCACCGCUGAUUGCAAGGACCCUCUGUGUUGCCGUAAAGACUCAGGCUCUCCCAUCUGGAGGCGGAGGGAGGCCGGGUACUGGGGAACCUACAGUAAGUGUGACCUACCUUUACGAACUGUGGAGAACCUCCUGGAAAACGUAGCCUCAGCUGGACCUUGGGACUGGGUCUACUGGACUGGAGACAUACCAGCGCACAAUGUUUGGUCUCAGACCAGGAAACAGCAGCUGUCAGAGCUUACCGUCAUCUCCAGGCUCAUCCACAAACACCUGGGACCUAAUGUGACAGUUUACCCGGCUGUAGGGAACCAUGAGAGUACGCCAGUAAACAGCUUCCCUCCACCAUUUGUUCGUGGCAACAGAUCCUGCACCUGGCUCUAUGAUACAAUGGCAGAGGAAUGGGCACCUUGGUUAUCAGAACAGGCUUUGAAGACUUUGAGAUAUGGAGGGUUCUACACAAUGGAGAUUCAGCCUGGUCUAAGGGUGGUCUCUCUUAACAUGAACUUCUGCGCUCGUGAAAACUUCUGGCUUAUGGUGAACUCGACUGAUCCUGCUAACCAACUACAGUGGCUGGUCCAUAUUCUCCAGGCCAGUGAGGACAAGGGAGAGAAGGUACAUAUCAUUGGUCAUAUCCCACCUGGCCUGUGCCUUGGCAGCUGGAGCUGGAACUACUAUCACAUUGUCAACAGAUAUGAAAGUACAAUUACUGGACAGUUUUUUGGUCAUACACAUCUGGAUGAGUUCCAAAUGUUUUAUGAUGAGGUGACCAUGAGCCGCCCAUUGGGAGUGGCAUUCGUUGCUCCCAGUGUCACUACUUAUGUUAAUCUUAAUCCAGGUUACCGUGUCUACUACGUGGAUGGGAAUUACCAAGGCAGCUCUCGGCUGGUCAUCGACCACGAAACCUACAUCCUGAACCUUACAGAGGUAAACCACAGUCCAGGAGCAUCAGGGAGCCCAGAGAAGAACCCCAAAUGGACACUGUUAUACCGUGCCACCACAGCCUAUGGUCUAACCAGUCUGUUCCCGUCUGACUAUGACGGGCUGAUGCGGCUCUUCGUCAGUGAUGACCGGGUAUUUCAGAAGUUCUGGUACUUCAGACAUAAAGGACACGUGUCUGAGCCCUGCAAGGAGACAUGCAAAACUACAGUGCUCUGCCUUCUGCGAAGCGGCCGGUAUGAUGAGCUAGAGCAGUGCGACCUCCUCAAUGGUUUUGGUGGAAACUUGGCACGGGCUGCUAGAAAAACCCUUUGUUGAACUGAAGAGGGGACUGAAUGAUCAGGGUGGGGGAAACCAAUAUGACCAAAAAUGAAAUUGAACCAAAAAGAUAAUUUUUCCUGUUGCUGGUUGGUCAACAAGGGUUGUUGUAUUGGUUUGAUAACAAAGUCACCUGAGGGUAUAUCUUGUUACAUAUUAUGGAGACACUGAGUCUGAAGAGUUCUCAUAUGACUUGAGUUGUCAGUUAUGUUUUACAAAGACAUCUGAUUGUGAUUUGCAACAUGCCUUGGGUUUGUCAACUACUGCUUUGCAAUGACAGUUGUGUUAAGGCGGCUUGAAAUUGUCCUGGAAAAGUUGCUGCAGUUCUGCUGUACUGGGUGCCUUGUAUCAGGGAGAAUAAUGUUAAACAUGUUUAUCCUUAACAAUAUGAAUGCUGUUCUACUACAGAAUAUCUUGCACACAUCAAAGUUCUUCUCAAUGUUAACGUCCGUGUGGAUUAGCGUUACACAUAGCAGAAGUUUGCAUUGAAAUUGACUAUGUUCUUUUGCCCUAUCGCACAGUUCAAUGUGAACAUACCAUUUGCUGGGAUUUGAAGGUAGUAGGAUUUAGGAGGCCACAUACUUCAUUGAAUCAGUGUGGAUUAGAAGACCUCAGCCAUCACAUCUCAGGUUUGAGCAUUGUGGAGAUGCAACAGGAUACAGUAUCAUAAUUUAAGCAUUUUGGCAGUCCUUGGUCGUCUCCUUGUAAAGUGCCUACCGUACUGCACAGCACCCUCUGCCUCAGUAAAGACAUCUUCAAACCUGAAUGACUAACAGUAUUUCCCAAUGAGGUUUAUUUAUGUUUGCACUUUAAUUCUUUGUUGGCUAGUUAAUGUUUAGGUUUGAUAAGAAAAUUCUGAGAUUGUGGUCAAACAAUAGCAUGACAAGUAGUGUAACUUGUAAAAUAAACAAUAAUUUAUAAACAAUUGUAUUAAUUAUAAAUAAAAGAUUUAAUCUGA